AAGAGCAGAAGAGCCCACAAAAUCAAAACCACCCUCUCACGAGUGAUCAUCAAACCAAAAAAACGAAAAGGAUGGAAGAGGUCAAUAUUCGAUACCAGGAGAUGCCGGUGCCGGUAGCAGCACCGGUGCUGCAGCCGGGAAAGUUUGACAUCCUGUGUGGUAAGGGCAAGAAAUGUGUUGGACAUAUUGGAUCCAGGCGCUUUCGUGCAGUGAUUGAGUCCUACCGUCAGAGGUACUCUUUGACUAAGACCAAGUAUGAAAAGAUGAUGAUCACCAAAGAGGUAGUGGAGAGACUGCAGAAGGAGAAUUGCCGCUUUCUCAAGUACGAUGCUUCAACAAUGGUAUGGGAAGAACUCCUGACAAUGGCAGCACGUGAUAAGGUGGGACAUGCGCUCCGUUUUGCCAAUCGAACUACCCCAAGGCGGAAGAAGAAUCCAUCCAAAACGGAAGGAGACACAAGCAUUGAUUCAUGGAAAUCGCUGGAGGGAAAAUCCAGUGUGCCAUCUCCUCCCACGUCGCCUCCCCGCUCUCCCGAAGUGUUUGGCGGUGACAAUGGCGGUUCAUCUUCCCAACCAUUUAACAAUUCAAAUGCAACGGAAGAGGCUCCUUGCUCUGUUACUCUCAUUGACAACAUUGAAUUGGCGUCUUUUGUCUUCGGUCAUACCGAUGAUUCUGAAGAACCCACAACUUUUUUGCCCUCUAAUCCCCCCACACAUACGCAAGACGCUUCGAUUUCAACCAUGGUCUCCAUUGGGGAAGAACCUGAAGACAAGGUGUUUGUGCUGGGCCAGCAAUGCUGGUCUCCCCUGCAGACAGGCAGGGAAAUGCCAGGAGCCCACCCGUGUACGCAAGGAUUGCUCCUUGCACAGCCCUCCCAGGAACCACCAGUGUGCAUCAUCUCUCCACAGCUCUCUGAUUCGACUGGAAUAGCAGCGAAUCUCUUUGAUCCUAGUUCACCAGUUGCACCCGUUGAAACCAUGUACUCCUCCACCUCUACCGCCGGUACGGUUCAAAUGGCAACCAUAGCUAAAAUCCCCUCCAUUCUGCCUCUGCAAACGCAAGAUGCUGCAAUGCUCACUAUGCCCCCUAUUCCUCCCGCCCGAGCGCUGGCGAAAGACCACAACUUGAAAGACAUCGUUUUCGCUGACCAUCAGAGCAUGCAUUGCUCUUUGCAAUCAAGAAACAGGGAUCUGGCAGGGGCGCAAAAAGAUGCCCCCCCACAACCCACCCCACAAGUGGAUGCACCUCCAGAGUCACUGGUAGAUGUACUGCCUCUUCUUUGGGAACCUGUCAUGGAGUGGGAUUUGGAAGCCGGGGUCACUCCUGCCUUUUAUGCUUCUUUAUAGAAAGCUCCCGCGCAUUUCCUUGUGCCUACAUCUAGAUCGUUGUCCUCGGUGAAGUUGAGAUGUCAAGAAUUGUGGUACAGUAGGUCCAACCAGUACAAACGUCAGUGCGGCACAUUCAUUCAAGUUGUCUUGAGCCUUGAUGAGCAAAAGUGAAGCUAGCUAGAGGACAAUGUAAAUGACUAUGUAUACAACGAAUGCAUGCUAUUGGGUUUCACAUUAGGGGGAGGUGGCAAGAGCGGCCGCCUGGUAAACGAGUGGGUGAAGGGCCCGUGGCUUCUCGAGUAACUCUACAAUGCGUGCACGCAGCUCUCUAGAUUCAUGUACGCGUAGUAAGAUGAUGCAUGCUAUAUAUUAGUUUCUCUAUGUUUCUG